AUGGCGAGAGAAGAAUACAGUGUAGUCGUUGAAAUGGACGACGAAACCCACGUUACGAGAGAAGAACUCGAAUUUCAAAGGAAAAUUACACAAGAUAAACAGCAAUCCACUAAUAAUUCUGGAUUUAAUGAUACAUCAUUUUUCGAUACAAGUACAUCCCAAACUGCACCGCAAGGUGGGCAUCCAUUUUGGUCACUUGAAUAUUACGCUCAAUAUUUUGACGUGGACACGGAACAAGUCCUUACACGAGCGACAAAAAGUCUUUUCCCUAAAGAUAAUUUUGUUGAUGUAGUUGGACCAAAUCCGGACUUAUAUGGUCCUUUUUGGAUAUCUACAACUUUAAUCUUCCUUCUCUUUGUAACGUCUUCCAUCGCGGGAUCAAUCGAGGCUAUUACACAGACUGAUCGAGGUAAAGCCAAUUAUGACUUCGGAAUUCUCUAUUUCGGAACCGUUGCGAUUUAUAGUUAUACUUUUGGGGUAUCUCUAUUCGUUUGGGGUGCAUUAAAAUAUCUUGGGUGUCGUCCUUCGCUGUUGGAUACCGUAGGGUUAUAUGGCUACGGAUUGACAAUCUGGCUCCCAAUUUCA